AUGGACGCUAUUUUUGCACUCCGCCAAUUGUGCGAGAAGUACAGACGUGUUCACAAGAACCUGCACAUGGUGUUCAUUGAUGUCGAGAAAGCCUAUGAUACGGUGCCUCGUGAAGUGUUAUGGUGGGCAUUGAAAGAGAAAGGUUUGCCUGGGAAGAAUGUGGAGUUAGUCCGUGCUAUGUACAGGGGAUCCUGUACCUACGUCCGAUCGUCUGCCGGCAACACCGACCAGUUCAGUGUGGCUGUAGGGUUGCACCAAGGGGCGGCUCUAAGUCCUUACCUCUUCCUGCUGAUUAUGGACGCUCUAACGGCGGAUAUACAGGAGGAGGCACCCUGGUGCAUGCUUUUUGCCGACGACAUUGUACUUGUUGGUGAUGAUGGACCUGAGAUUCAGAGCAGAUUGGAAGAUUGGCAACAGAAACUGGAGAAUGAAAACAAUCUUAACCAGGAUUGCAGAAGACGGAACUGGGUAUAG